AUGCUAGAAGAUUGUAAACAUUGCCAUUCUUUGUCACCGCUUGGCCAAUUACCCUCCCUCGAAAAUCUUCGUAUACGUCUAAUGGAUAAGGUUGUGUCUAUAUAUUCUAAUGCGACUGAGCCAUUUAGAUCCUUGAAAGAAUUGGAUCUUUAUGGUAUGUCAAGUUUGAAAGAGUGUUGUUUUUGCAUGGCAGAUACUGCAUUUCCGUCUCUAGAGUUUCUACGUUUAGGCAAGUGUCCAAGACUUGAAUCAUUUAUGGAAGGGGGAUCCUUCUCACGUUUAAGUCGUAUCUCCAUCUCCGAAUGUGAAAAGUUGUUCGCAGUUCGAAUGCAGUGGAAUCUCCAGAGAUUUCCAUCACUUGAACUUUUAACUCUUUCGGGUUGUAAAGAUAUGGUGGAUUCAUUUCCGGAGGAAGCCGAGCUGCCAACCACGCUGAAGUCUUUAUCCAUCUCACGUUGUGCGAACCUGAAAGCGCUCAACAAUAAGAGCUUUCAACAACACUCCUCCCUUGAACUGUUGGAAAUUUGUAGCUGCAAGGAGCUUCAGUGCUUGCCAGAAGGACUACCCACUUCUCUUAAUUUUCUGAUAAUCGAUAAUUGUCCUUUGCUAAGUGGACGGUGUGAAAAGGAGAAUGGGGAAGAUUGGCCCAAGAUUGAGCACAUACCUAAUAUGCAGAUUGAUGGAAAAAUGAUAAAGGGUUCUUUUUUUUAAAGUUAAACCUCAAGAAAUAAGCGCUCCAAUUACCCCUAAAAAAAAAACAAAUGAUAGAGAGGGCGAAGGAAGAUGAACAGGUAAAUUACAUGUUUU